UGCCCUACGCAGCUUCCGUACACGCUCCCAUAUGGCCACAGAAGGUCAGUCAUGGCAGCCUGCGUGAAGGGACUUGACAAAUGUAUGUUUUCCUUGAGGUUACUACGAAACCACCAACUCCAAAAUGAACGGUUUUUGUCCACAUCGCUGUGUCGUCUUAAUGCCGAGCAGCCACCGAAAUUUACUCCUCCACCUAAACCUGUCAUCAUAGACAAAACACAGACUGAAGCAUCUUUAAGGAAGUUUCUGAGCCCAGAGUUCGUCCCUCCAAGACAGAGAGCAGAUCCUUUCAAGUUUUUCAUAGAGAGGAAAGACAUGAUUCGCAGGAGGAAAGUGCUCAACAUCCCAGAAUUCUAUGUUGGGAGCAUCCUGGCAGUGACCAUGGGCGACCCUAACGCCAGUGGGAAAAGUAACCGUUUUGUCGGUAUCUGUAUCCAGAGGGGCGGGAAGGGGCUGGGAGCCUCAUUUGUCCUGAGGAACAUCAUUGAUAACCAAGGCGUGGAGAUCUGCUACGAGCUGUACAGCCCUCGCAUCCAACAGAUCGAGGUGCUGAAGCUGGAGAAGAGACUGGAUGACAACCUGAUGUAUCUGAGAGACGCUAUGUCCGAGUACAGCACCGUGGACCCCAACAUGAAGCCUGUGCCUUUCUCCCCCACUGGAGAGGUGCCGGUCAACCAGCUCAGGGUUAGGAUGCGCCCAAAGCCGUGGUCCAAACGAUGGGAGCGACCUAGGUUUAACAUAAAGGGAAUCCGCUUUGAACUGGCUCUGACCCCCGAGCAGAUGGAGCACGCUCAGAAGUGGGAACAGCCUUGGAACGAGUACGACAUGAUGAAGGAGUACGACACCUCCACGCUAGAGGAGCAGGUCCGCAGCGAGGUGCAGCGGGAGAUGAGCAAAUGAGGAAGAUCCUCCUAAAAUAUCUUCCAUCUAUACCAUCAUAUCAACAGACUUUUCAUGAUCGGGACGAUUGGAUUAUGAGCUUUGCAGAGAUGUUGGAACACUGUCCUGGAUCAUCAUCCGCUUCAAGUUAAUGCAACAACAGUGAAUAUAAAGAAGAGGUAGUAAGGAAAUCUGUCUUCAGUCGGCUGUAUAGUUCACUUUUCAGUGCCACUGGUCUUAGCUAUCUGUUCUGAUGUUUGAAGUGGUUUCUAUAAUAAAAUCAUAUAAAUCA